AUGCAUAUCAUCAAGCCUGUUUGGCUUACACAUGGAGGUGAACGGAAAGACUUCGAAGUCUACAGCUGUGAUGUGUCGCCCGAUGGAAAGAGGCUUGUGACAGCCGCCGGAGAUGGAUACGUUCGAAUCUGGUCUACCGAGGCCAUAUACAAUACCGGUGAUCCGGAAUACGCUAGCAAACCGAAACAACUGGCUUCUAUGAGCAACCACUCCGGCACGAUCCACACCGUUCGCUUCUCCCCGAAUGGAAAAUACCUGGCCUCUGGUGCAGAUGAUAAGAUUGUUUGCGUGUACACACUCGAUGCGAACCCGCCUACGCACUCAUCGACGUUUGGCACGGACGAAGCACCUCCCGUUGAGAACUGGCGUACGAUUCGACGACUGAUCGGCCAUGAUAACGAUGUGCAAGAUUUGGGGUGGUCGUUUGACUCUUCUAUUCUGGUGUCUGUCGGGUUGGACUCCAAGAUCGUUGUAUGGUCGGGACAUACAUUCGAGAAGUUGAAGACUAUUUCCGUGCACCAGAGUCAUGUCAAGGGCAUUACUUUCGACCCCGCAAACAAAUACUUUGCGACCGCCAGUGACGACCGCACCGUUCGUGUCUUCCGUUUUACUUCUCCGGCACCGAACUCGAGCUCCCACGAUCAGAUGAACAAUUUCGUGCUAGAGCAUACCAUUUCCGCGCCUUUUGCCAACUCGCCCUUGACCGCGUACUUCCGACGAUGCUCCUGGUCACCGGAUGGCAUGCAUAUUGCUGCGGCGAAUGCCGUUAAUGGACCCGUCAGCUCAGUUGCAAUCAUUAACCGUGGUUCUUGGGACGGCGAUAUCAACCUCAUCGGUCACGAGGCCCCGGUCGAAGUAUGCUCGUUCUCGCCGCGUCUCUAUUCAAGAGACCCGCCGAAAAAGCAGCAAUCCGACAAUCACUCAGGUCAGCACCAUAUCACUGUCAUUGCAUGCGCCGGUGCCGAUAAAUCUUUGAGUGUUUGGAUCACAAGCAAUGCUCGCCCGAUCAUUGUUGCUCAGGAGAUCGCCGCCAAGACCAUCUCGGAUCUUUCCUGGAGUCCUGACGGCAGAUGCCUUUUCGCCACGGCUCUGGAUGGCACGAUCGUGGCUGCCCGCUUCGAGGAAGGCGAAUUGGGUUGGGCUACGGAGAUGGAAGAGAACGAGAAGUCUCUCACCAAGUUCGGUACCAACCGCAAAGGUGCUGGAAUUACUGAAACGACAGACGGAUUGUUGCUUGAGGAGCUGAGCAAGGCUGGUGAAAUCAAGGGGGUACAGGGCCGAAUGGGUGCGCUGAUGGGUGACGGUCAAGAUGCCGCCGUUAAUGGCGAUGCGGCUCAACCGUCCAACGGAACAACUCCAGCCCAAGCGCCUUCUCCGGCUGCCGAGAAGACGCAAACUAAUGGUUCUGCGCCGACUCCUGCAUCCACCGAAACACCCAAGCCCGAUCUUCAGCAAGUGCGGCUGGAGAAGCUCAAGCAACGCCCUACCUACACCAAGGAUGGCAAGAAGCGCAUUGCGCCACUGCUGGUCUCUGGUGCGGGAGCAGGCGAGUCCUCUCUUCCCCAGACUCGCUUGAUUGCUUCGAUCGCCAGCCAGAAGAAUGAUGCGCCGACAUCUAUCGUUGACCUCUCAAAACCAUUCGACGGUCUGCCAAAGGGUGGUCUGGCUGCUCUUAUUCUCGGCAACAAGCGCAAGCUGGCUCAGCUGGAAGGCGACGAAGAGAAUUCGGUUGAGAAGCGUGUGGCUCUGGCCAGUCAGAACGGUGCUGUCCCAAUCAUGUCCAACACCCCUGAUGGGCUCCUCCCUGCACAAUUCCAACCUCCCAUCACUGGACAAGAGCCUACUCCCGAGUUUAUACGACCUGCCGUUUUGAACCCCUGCAUGAGUGUCUCCCAGAAUCGACUUUCAGUCCCCAAGAUCCGCACUCAUAUCUUGCGGGCUUUGGAUUCAAGCGGAAAUCCUACAGAGCCACCCGCUACCACAGGCGGCGCUGCUGGUGACUCGAGCAGCAAGUCCCGCGCUGUCGAUGUAGUGUUCGAGGCCCGAAACCCUUCGCCCGCUAGCUUGACCGGCCGUGCCGUUGACCGAGAACCUGUUCGUCUGACACUCUUCCGCGGCGAACAGCCACUGUGGCAAGACUUCCUCCCUCGGACUGUCCUUCUUGUCACCGGUAACCAAAGCAUGUGGGCUGCAGGCUGUGAAGAUGGUUCUAUAUACAUAUGGACCCCUGCUGGUCGUCGCUUAGUGAGUGCUCUUGUCCUGGAAGCGCAACCCGUCAUUCUAGAGUGCAACGGACCUUGGAUCCUGUGUAUCAACUCCGUCGGCAUGUGCUACGUCUGGAACGUGAAGCACCUCUCGUCUCCCCAUCCCCCCACCUCCCUCCAACCCGUCCUCGACGGCGCCCUCCACAGCCUCACCACACACCCCACCGUCGCACCCGCCGUGACAAGUGCUCGCAUCAAUUCCGAGGGGCGGAUUGUCGUUUCUCUCACCAAUGGCGAGGGAUACUCCUACAACCCAUCCAUGUACAUCUGGCAACGCGUCUCCGAAUCCUGGUGGGCGGUCGGUAGUCAGUACUGGAACUCGACCGAUGCUCCCGUCAGCAACCUCCAAGGUCGUGACAGCCAACCCGACACCAAGGACGCCAAAGCCUCUACUGCUGCAGGCAUCAUCCCCUUCCUGGAACGAAACACGACAAACGAGACCCUGCUCCGCGGCCGUGCUUAUUUCCUGCAACGGCUUAUCAAGGUCCUGCUCUCGCGAGAGGGAUACGAGACUUUCGAGUCAAGUGUCUCCAUUGCUCACCUUGAGAACCGCGUGGCAGCAGCUUUGUCCCUGGGUGCGAAGGAAGAAUUCCGCCUUUACCUCAACAUGUAUGCCAAGCGACUCGGUGCUGAGGGUCAGAAGAUGAAGGUCGAGGAGCUGCUUCGGGGAUUGAUCGGUGGCCUCUUUGAGGACGAGGAGGGCUCAGAAGCAAUCAAGAAGCUGCAGAACAAUGAGCGAGAAGGCCGCAAUUGGCGCGAAGGCUCUGAGGACCUGUGUGGCUGGCCGCGGGAAACCUUGCUGAAGGAGAUGAUUCUUGCUCUCGGCAAAUAUCGCGAACUCCAACGUGUCACGGUCCCCUACGCUAAGUUGCUUGAUAUGGUGGACAGCUCUGAACAAGGAGAUGCGAUGAAUUUUUGA